GACUGGUAAGAGAUUGUUUACGUUUUGUAUGACUUGAUGUUUCAUACCUAGCACUCAGUUCCUGUGAAUAUACAAGGCUAAGUAGCCUCUCUUGUCUUUUGCUUUGAUGAUCGUCUAUGAUUAGGUGAUUCACCUCCGGAAGAUGGAUGCCAGAAAUUGUAGAGUUGCCUGGAAAUCCCAUUCCACUGAGAUAACAAGUAUUUUACUGAAGUUCAGAGAUGAAACUAAAUACACAGAUGCAACAAUCAUGUGUUCUGGGUACAAAUAUCCGGUUCACAAAGUAAUCUUGGCAUCAUCGAGUAAGUAUUUUGAAGAGCUGUUGCACCAGAUGGAAGAUUUACAUCCAGUUGUUCAUCCUGUUAUAGUUUUAAACAACAUUGAUAAAAUUGGGCUCGAGGCCAUUUUGAAAUUUAUAUACAUGGGAGAAGUUAGCAUUCAAGAGAAAGAUGUUGUCCAGUUGUUUGAUGCAGCCAGAGAACUGAAAAUUAAAGGGCUAUGUGAUGAUGCUUUAAGGAGUGUUUGCCUUUCAAAACAGGACCAGAAUUCAGUUAUUGACAAAAUUUUAACUGAUCCUAUAAAUUGUGAGGAAAGUACAUUGGAAAGUGAAUCAGUGGAUACUGCAAAGAAACGAAAACUUGAUACUAGAAGCCCUGUAAAUUUAAGAACAAACCGUAAAAGGCGUCGGAAAAUGUAUGGGAAUGAUUACUAUGAAAAUUCUGAAAUUCUUAGCAAUACAGCAAGUGGUAAUAUAAUCACAGGCCUUGGGUUCACAGCAGUUGAAGCCACCAGCAAAGACAUUAUAGUACCAAGCAUUUCUGUAGAUGAGACGUUACAUUGUGAUAUUGAUGCUGAGAGCAAUGACGGGGAGCUAAAUGAAGCAGAGAACGAUCUGAUAGCCAAUGAUGAGCAUCCUGUGGAUGUGAAGGAGGAGUUCAUUGAGGAGUCCUGCAGUCUUAACACUGAGACUAUAUUCCUUCCCUUUCAGGAUGAAGCAGAAGGGGUAUCAAGUGUAAAAAGUGAGAUUGAGAGUCCAGAGGACCAAGAGAUAUCAGAUCAUCACAAUACAGUCUCAGAAUUGCCAUCACAAGAUUGGGAUGAGAUGGUUGCAGAUGAAUUUGAAAGUCCAAGAAUCAAUGGCGAUGAUCCACAUUGUAUUUCAAGUGCUCCUGUGCAGGAUCCUUCUUUGCCGACAGCAUUACAAGGCCCUACUUUUGAUGAAAGUUCAGCCAUAUCUGUGGAGUCCUUGCCUGAUUUCUUGAAGGCAUUCAAAGUGUACAAAUUCAGUCCAUAUUUACAAGGAAGACUAAAAGAGAAGUACUGGGAGCAAAAUGGAAUUUUGCGCCUUAUGAAAGGAAUAAGAGAUCAUGAAAUUACUCUGAAGGAGGCUUCAAAUUUGUUAGGAACCACAUAUAGUGUCCUCUAUCGGCACUACAGCAUUAAUUUUGGUGGAAUAAAAAAGUUGUCGAAAGAAGCUGAACCAAGCCUUGUCAAGAACACAAGUGGAGAUCAUAAGGAGGUCAACCCCAAAACGUUUGUUAAAGUGAGGUUUCUGCAGUGCCCACAGUGCAUCUACAAAAGUCCUUAUAAGCAGAACAUCUUGGAGCAUCUUUGUAGCCAUUUGACAAACUCAGCUAGUCCAAGUUCAAAGGACUUACCCAAGUUAGGUGAAUUCUCUAAAAGUGAUUCAGCAACACAGGAUAAUUUACUCACUUGUGAUAUUUGCUCAGCAAAGUUUGCUCAUUUGCGCACACUACGAAGACAUAAACAGGGUCAUUUGGAGGCAAGUGUUUAGAAAGCCUAUUCUGAUUAUUCAAAGUUGCCCUUAGAAUAUGCAUUUAGAAUGUAGGAAUCCUUGUGGAUGAAAAUAUCACUGCCAUUUUUAUAUAAAGACAAGUUUUAGUGAUAGUAACCAGACAGUAGAAGACAUUAAACCAGUAUUAGUUGUGCAAGAAAAAGGACUGAAUCUGUGAAUUGUUUUCCAUUUAUAAUGAAAUGACCAAGAGUGUUCAGGAUUUUACUUUUCUAUGGUUUCUGUUCAUAGGAUGGUGGGAGGUAAAAUUUAAUGUCUUGUUCUGUGUAAAUUGAUUUCGUGUGCACAUGCAUUUCCCAAGAUCAGUGCCUCAAGUGCCAUCUACAUAUAGGUGUCAGCUCCGCAGAUUAGUUGAAAUGAGACACUAGUAUGGUAAUGAAGGCAGUACUGCUGGAAACUUCUUAAUUCUUUCUUCAAGAUGUUAAAAGCCCUCCUUGGUACUAUAAGUCAAGAUUGUAGUCUCAUAACAUGUGUAAAUCUUCAAACAGUCGUGUAAACAUUCUCUCUUAGUCUCCAACUUUUUUUUUUACUGCUGAAUACUACUAACUUCUAUCAGUUUUAUAAAAUGAAACUUGUACCCACUUCCUAAGUAUCAUCUUGUAGAAGGGUAUCCUUGUGACAUUCAUUAUAGAGUACCCUAAGGCUCUGUGUAAUAGCUUUUCAUGCCCAUCUCCACUGUUUUUUUUGCUCUGUAUUUUUCAUCCAUUCCUUUUUUAUGCAAUCUAAUAUAGUAUUUGAAAGUCACUGCAUAAAUGCUUAGGAAGUAGUAAUUAAGUAAAAGAGCAGUGUCAACUGCCCAAACAAAAAUCUAAGAGUAAAAUAUACAGUAGCAUAAUCCAGCAGUUAUUAAUGAAUCAGAUGACAUACAUAUUUACUGUAUUAAAAUUCACUUGCAAUAGAUUGAAGUAAUAGUACAAAAAAAUAAAUGUUACCUCAAUGGACAAUUGGAAGGUAUGUCCUAUCAGGUAAGUAAAUAAAAUGCUAAGUGAUAAAGACUGUCAUGUACCCUGGAACAACUCACAUAGCUUUUAGUAGUGCAGUUCCAUAUGAGGUACUAAAUAGCCUAUUCUAAUCGGUACUAAUUAUCACUCAGUGAUUUAGAAUAGAGAUUUAUCAUUUGAAUUCAGAGAUAUAUCAGCCAAAUAAAUUGCUUCCAAAAAUACGUGUACAUGCCUGUAAAAUAUAGAAUACAAAACCCAUACAACAUGAAAAAAAACAUAAUCAGU